UGUAAAAUGAGAAUUAUAGCAAUGUACCUAUUGAAAUACCAUCCUGAAAAUCCUAUUUUUAUAUCUUAAAACUAUGAGCUUUCAUUUGUGAAGUACAAUUUUUGAAUAAAUAUAUAUUUUAGUUGGUUUUAGCGUCCUUUCUUUAAAGAAACUCUCAAUUUUGGUGCUAGAACUUGUGCAGCGUAUUCUAUAUAGUAUAAAAUAUUAGACGAGCUAAACCUGGUACUAGAAAUGCUAUCACUAAUCAAGAGGCUCAUGCUGUUUCAUAUAUAUGCAUUGAUAAAAAUAAUUUAGUUGCUUUAGUUAUUGCAGAUGAUUAAUAUCCAGAAAAAGUUGCUUUUAUGGUUAUACAAAAUAUGUAUUAAGAAUACUAUCGUCAAUAUAAUUCAAUGUUUUUAGACACAAUAAAUGGUAUUCACUAUAUUUCAACAUUUUAAAGCUGAUCAAAACAUUAAUAUACCAAAAUUUGAAGAAUUCAUAAAACUUUAUUAAGAUCCUAAAGAAGUUGAUAAAUUACUUAAGAUUGAGAAUACUCUUAAUGAAGUUACUAUGAUAGUGCAUUAAUCUCUUGAUGAUGUAGGUCUCUUCUAUAUGAUUAGCUUUUAAAAAGAGGAGAGACUUUGGAAUCUUUAAUGGCCAAAUCAAAAGAUAUGAGUAGUGUAAGUUUAGAUUUCUAUAAAAAUGCCAAAAAAACAAAUAAUAAAUGUUGCAGCUUGUAUUGAA